AUGCGAAACACGAUGCCAUCGGCACCUGUCGGCUCCGGCGAAAAAUUGCUCGAAAGAAAAUGGACGUAUGCGUUUACCACGUUCUUUGAUCUCAACCAUAACGGCGUCAUUGAAUGGAAAGACUUCAAGGAUCUGAUCGAUGUGAUCGGACAAGUUCGAGGGAAAAAAAGCGACGUCUAUGUGAUUGCUCGUCUUUGCUUGCCCGACAUUUGGGAGAAAAUGACGGAGGCUAUUGGAAAAAACGAGGAAGAGACGAUCACCUUGCAGGAUUGGAUCAACUUGUGCCGUAAGUCGAGAACAUCGAAAAAGGAAACUGCUUGGCAGAAGGCAUAUGUCCAAUAUAUGUUCAAACUUCUCGAUGAAUCUGGUGAUCAUUUUGUUGAUCAGGCCGAAUAUGUGCAAGUUCUCGGAUAUUUCGGAAUUUCUCGCGAAAACGCCGUCGAAUGUUUCGACAAAUUCGCAAUUAAUCAUCAAGGCCAAUUAGUGAAUAGUAUUAAUUAUAAGCGUUUCGUUUCUCUUUGGAAGGAAUUCUUCACAUCGGAAGACGAGAAUGCGCCUGGAAAUUGGCUAUUGGGAAAAGUGUUCUAA